GCUUGAGCCCUCCACCUCCUCCCUCCUUCUCCCGGUUCAUCUCUCUUCCAUCUCAAAGGACUAUUUUUUUCUGCUUUUCUCUUCCUUAGGUCUUUUCUCAUGGAGUUGCUCAUCUAGAACAGAAAUCUCCACGCACACAUCCCACUUUCACUCCACACAGUGAGCACAUAGCUUGUCGAUUCGGUCCUUUUGGUGUUGGAGAAGAUGAACCUGUCCAUCAAUGGCCAGUCUCAGGUGCCACCGGGGUUCAGAUUCCACCCCACUGAAGAGGAGCUCCUGCAUUAUUACUUGAGAAAGAAAGUUGCCUAUGAGAAGAUCGACUUGGACGUGAUCCGUGAGGUCGAUCUCAACAAGCUUGAACCAUGGGACAUCCAAGAGAAGUGCAGGAUCGGAUCGACCCCGCAGAACGACUGGUACUUCUUCAGCCACAAGGACAAGAAGUACCCUACCGGCACGAGGACGAACCGAGCGACAGCUGCCGGGUUCUGGAAGGCCACCGGGCGCGACAAAAUCAUCUACAGCGGGUUCAAGCGGAUAGGGUUGAGGAAGACCUUGGUGUUCUACAAGGGACGAGCUCCGCACGGGCAGAAGUCGGAUUGGAUCAUGCACGAGUAUCGGCUGGAUGAGAGCACGCAAGACCCGAGCGCUCUGAGUCCAGCUGGAGAUCCAUCCCCAGAAGAAGGGUGGGUGGUGUGCCGAGUGUUCAAGAAGAAGAACUAUCAGAAAACCCUAGACAGCCCCAAGAGCCCGUCGUCUUCGACCUCCAUGGACUCGAGGACCAUGCAACAGAUGCUCGCCGCCACUGCCAAUGACGGCGUUUUGGACCAGAUACUCUCCUACAUGGGAAGAACGUGCAAGGUCGAAAGCGAGACUCCCACGAGACUCAAUCUCUCGCACAACAAUCACAACCACCACAACAACACCAAGUACUCCGUUUCGAACACCGAUCUCCUCCAUGGGAAGUUCAUGCAUCUCCCGAGGCUUGAGAGCCCAAGCCUCCCUUUACUCCCUGUGGCGAGCUCGCCGUUCGACCAGCAAGACUGCACUUUCAAGCUGUCUUACCACACCAUCGAGGAGAUGCUCGCCGAGACCUCGGGGCACCACGGGAUCGGCAGGUCUCCCACCCCGGAUUGGGUCGCCGUGGACCGGCUGGUGGCGUCUCAGCUCAAUGGCCAAGUCGCCGAGACGCCGAAGCAACUCUCAAGCUGCUUCAGCGAUGACCCCGGUUCUGACGCCGGCGGCCUGAGCAUGGAUGAUGAGGUGCAGCUUUCACACAUCAAAUUGAACAACAAACCUUCGAGUCAGCAAAGCUUGGAGAUGUACGGAUGCGAUGGCAACGACUUGUGGAGCUUCACGAAGCCGCCACCGCUGCCGUCAUCGGACCCGUUACACCAUUUGUCGGUAUAACGGGAGUGCUUUGAGAUAUAUAUCAUAUUAAAACUUAGCCGCUUCCUAAAACCUAGGGCUUCGAUAUGUUGUAACCACGAAGAGAAGAGGCGACCUAGGUUUAUGAAAUAUACAGGUUACGUACAUGCAUGAAGUGAAUAAAAAAAAUAUACUUUGCAAUAUACACAUAUACAUAAUUAUACAUAUGUACAGGCUUUCAUA